UCAAACAGUCAACAAUCAAAAAACGUGAACACUUUUGUAGAUUAACUAUUUGUUAGUGUUAAUUGUUAAAUAGUAAAAUGGAUUCCGUGAUUGACGAUAACAGAAAAGAACGACUAACAAAGCUUGAAGAUUGUUUAUUAAACAUAAGAUCUGAGCUAAAUGUCGAUGGACUAUUGGAUUGUGUCCAAGCAGUUGUCACCGAUUGUGACCAACCAGCACUCAAAAGGCUCAAAAAUAUUGAAGGUUUCCUUUCAAGAUAUGAAAAAGCCUCAAGUAAAAUUGAAAAUUGUCGUAUGAAACCUGAUGAUUACUCUGUGAUAAAAACUAUUGGUAGAGGUGCCUUUGGAGAGGUACAAUUAGUCCGCCAUAAAGCAAGCAAAAAGGUUUACGCCAUGAAGCUACUUAGUAAAUUUGAGAUGAUCAAACGUUGGGAUUCAGUUUUCUUCUGGGAAGAAAGAUUCAUCAUGGCUUAUGCUAACACAGAUUGGAUUGUAAAGUUACAUUACGCCUUCCAGGACAGUAAAUAUUUAUAUAUGGUGAUGGAUUAUAUGCCUGGAGGGGAUAUAGUAACAUUGAUGAGUAAUUAUGAUAUACCAGAGAAAUGGGCAAAAUUUUACUGUGCUGAGGUUGUAUUAGCAGUUGAUGCCAUUCACACCAUGGGAUUUGUCCAUCGAGAUAUUAAACCAGAUAACAUGUUACUCGAUAAAUAUGGUCAUCUUAAAUUAGCCGAUUUUGGUGCUUGCAUGAGAAUGGAUGAAGAUGGUCUAGUACGAGGUGAUUCAGCUGUAGGAACACCAGAUUAUAUUUCACCUGAAGUAUUAGAAUCUCAAGGCGGGGGUAGUUGUUAUGGCCGUGAAUGUGAUUGGUGGUCAGUUGGUGUUUUCCUUUAUGAAAUUUUAAUAGGAGAUACACCUUUCUAUGCUGACUCAUUGGUUGGUACUUAUGGUAAAAUAAUGAAUCACAAAGAAUCACUCAGUUUUCCGAUUGACUUUGAAAUAUCAAAAGAAGCCAAACAUUUGAUCUGUUCAUUUCUGGAGAAUCGAGAGAAACGUUUAGGUCGUGAUGGAGUUGAUGCCAUUAAAAGACAUCCCUUUUUUGCAAAUGACACAUGGACCUUUGAUAAUAUACGUGAAUGUAUUCCUCCGGUUGUUCCUGAAUUGAUUAGCGAUGAUGAUACCAGUCACUUUGACGAGUUUGAAUCUAAUGAAAAACCAGCUCAAGAUUUUCCCUCAUCAAAAGCUUUCGCUGGAAAUCAUUUACCAUUCGUUGGUUUCACAUAUUCUAGUGAUUAUCAAAUUUUAUCAAAUAGAUGUUCAUCCAAGAUAAGUCAUGAAUUGGUUAAUGAUGGUAAUAAGACGAUCGAGGUUUUACAAGAAGAACUCAAGAAAACCCGAACUAGAAAUGAUGAAUUAGAAAAAGCUUAUCGAGUCACAUUAUCCCAACUGGACAAUCUAAGUCAACAAAAUGAUAACAUCAACUCUUUACGAAGUGAGAAAUUAGACUUGGAAAGGAGCUUGACGGUUACAAGACAUGAUCUUAAAGAGACUCAACGACGUUUAGACCAUGAGACAGAAUCUAAAAGGAAAGCAGAGAAUAAGAAUAACGAAUUAUGGACCAAAUUAGAACAAGAACAAAAUUUAAGAUCAAAGCUUAACCAAACUGUUCAAAAUUCCAAUGAAAAGAUUGUCAACUUAGAGAAACAGAUAACAAUUAUUAAUGAUAAAUAUAAAUGUGAAAUGGAAAUUGUGUCCAAAUUGAAAAAAGUUCAAGCUGAUUUAACAUCUUCCUGUAAUAAUAAGGAUCAAUAUAUUGAACAAUUAAGAGAUGAUGUCAACAAUUUACAAUCAUCUAUUUCUAAUCAUUCACAAGAAAUAACUUCACUCAAAGGUCAACUCGAAACUGCUUGGCUUCAAGCAGAUUCAAUAGCAAAGGAGCUUGAAGUUCGAACACAAUCUUACCAGAAUGAGUUGGAACAGUUUAGACAAAAAGAAGCAUUGACAAUUAUGAAUAACCAAAAGUUAACAGAAAAGUCUAAUAGUUUAGAGAAAGAACAUUCAAUGCUUAAAUUGGAGCUUAAAAACUUACAAUGUAAAUUGUCCCAGAAAAAUCAAUCUCUGUGUAUAGAAAACACUAACUCAACAAAUAAUGACAACUUUGAAUCUUACCAAUCUUUACAAUCAAAACUCAACGAGGAAAAAGGUCUACGUCAAAAAGCGGACUCUGUGAUUCAAGAGAAAGAAAGACAAUUAUCUAUGUUAAACGUUGAACAUCGGCAAUUAAAUCAACAUUUCCAGAAACUACAAGGAGAAUAUAGACAAGAAAUUGAGAAAGUUCGAGCCUUGAAGGCUCAAAUAGAAGAUGAAUCGAUAAAACGAAAUUCCCUACACACGGAGGUCAGAGAGUCGACUGAAGAGAUAAGCAAAUUAAAGUCACGAGAACAGCAAUUGAUUAAAGAAUUGGGUGACUAUAAGGAAAUUAAAUCAACACUUGAAGAUGAUUUAGCCAAAAUGGAAUCUCACCGAUCCGAAAUUAACCUUCAAAUGAAAGAUUUACAAGCCCAAUUGGACGAUCAGCAACACUUUACCUCACUUUAUAAAACUCAAGUGAAACACUUAAAAGAUGAAAUCGAUGAGAAGCAAAAGUUCAUAUUAGAUUACAUGGAGGAAAAGAAUAUAAUAACCGGUAAAUUGGAUAAACUUAAUGUGUUAAUAGCUGAUCUGGAAAAGGAUAAAGCAGUUCGGGAUCUUGAGAUGCAAGAACUUGAGAGACGUCUCGAAGCAGAUAUUAUCUUCAAAGAAUCUGAAUUAAAUAAGACCAAGGAGAAAGAAAGUGAACUUCUCAAGAAAAUUUCAUCUCUGGAACUUGAUAAAGAUGAUUUAACUGCCAAGAUUCACCAAAUGCAACAAGAAAUAAACAAUAUCAAAAACCAUAGUACCAACCAAGAGGAAUUGGCUCUCCUUCAGAAACAAUUGAAACGGGAGCGAGACCUAAAGACUCAGGCUGUCCAUAAAUUGGAGGAAAUCAUGACUCGUAAAGAUAUCGCCAAUAUCGGUGGAAAGAAAAACAAAUCAAGCUCAACUGAACUCCGAAAGAAAGAGAAAGAGUGUAGGAAGCUUCAACAAGACCUGACACAAGAAAGGGAAAAGUACAACCAAAUGGUCGCUCGAUUCCAGAAGGAAAUAUCAGAACUUCAGGCUUCCCUUCAUGAAGAAAAUCAAGCAAAGAUUAAAUUACAAAUGGAAGUUGACUCAAAAGAUUCCGAGAUUGAAAAUCUUCGAAUGCAAAUAUGCCACCGAGAAUCUAUAACAACCAUUGAUCUUCAUUCAAGUCAAUUAUCUUUGGUUAAUAAUGAUUCGGAAGACGUUGAGAACAUGCGUUUACAGGGUUGGCUUUCAAUACCGAAUAAGCAGAAUAUCAAAAGAUAUGGUUGGAGAAAGCAAUAUGUUGUCGUUUCAAGUCGAAAGAUCAUAUUUUAUAACAACGAGGCCGACAAGGCCAAAGCUGAUCCAGCGCUUAUCUUAGAUUUAAGUAAAUUGUUUCAUGUUCGUUCUGUUACUCAAGGAGAUGUCAUUCGUGCCGAUGGAAAAGAAAUACCCAGAAUAUUUCAACUUUUGUAUGCUGGUGAAGGUGAAAGCAGGAAGCCAACUGAUUCAACACCACCGGAACUACAAAAAGAGCUUCCCCAAUCAGGAGUGGAACAGCACAAAGGACAUGAUUUUAUUCCUAUCAGUUAUCACAUGCCUACAACUUGUGAAGUUUGUCCUAAACCACUUUGGCAUAUGUUCAAGCCUCCAUCAGCAUUGGAAUGUCGAAGAUGCCGUGUCAAGGUUCACCGGGAGCAUAUUACAGAGGAGAAAAUAGCUCCAUGUAAAGUUAAUUAUGAUCCAAAUAGCGCCAAAGAAUUACUAUUAUUGGCUGGAACAAUAGAGGAACAACAAUAUUGGGUUUCCAAAUUAAGAAAAAAGAUUGAGAAAGGAGGAUAUGCUGCAAAAUGAUUCUAAGAAACAAAAAGUUCCAACCAUAGGAACCUUUUCUCCAAGGAAUCAACUCUGCUCUUUUUUUUCACUGACUGAAAAUCAUCUUUUCCUAAAUUUUUCAUCGUUUAACUCGAUUAUUUUUUUCGUUUCUGGAAUUCCCAUUCACAUGUAUAUUUUACGAAUCUUGGAAACAAAUAAUCCACAAAAACGUCCAGUUACCGUCCAAAAAGAAAGAAAUAUUUUCCUUCCAUUAUCUCUGUUUAUCAAGUUGUCCAAAGUCAAAGAAAAGCAACUACACAAACACACAAAUCUUGAUAUGUUUUCCAUAUACUAAAGUACCUUAAGCUCUCUGUCCUUUCCCCUUUCGUCCACUCUCUAUCUCUCUCUCUCUUUAUAAAUCACUCACCCUUUCGCCUUGAAAACUCACUCAUUCACCAAUUCAUCCACUCAUUCCCAAUCCUCCAUAAUUGAAAACUUUGAUUUAUAUGAACACCUCUGUUGUCCUUAUAUGAUGAAAGUGAUGAAAACAUCAUCAAAGUUGUCAAAUUUGAAAGGUUAAUCAAUCCAAUCUUAUAUACACUGUAUAUUGACUAUCUGCUUAUGGUGUUGAAAAAGAGGAAAAAAAACAAAAACUGUAAAUUAAUUUGCUCACUUUUUAAUUGAGCAUCAAAAGUCACAAAAAUCAAAUCAACACACACAAAUUUAGCCAUUGUUAAUCAAAAGAAAACAACAAAAAACAAUUUAAAACAAAAUUAUCGUCACAAUUUAAGAUCCACUGAAUGUAUUAAUAUUUUGAAGUAACUAUUAUUAUUAUUAUAAUUAUUUAAAUACUAUCUCUUGUAAAUGUAAAUUUGUCUUACCAAUUUAACUGAACAAUUAAGGACUCAUCGUAAUUUAAGUGCAUUAAAAAAAUAAAUCAACAGGAGCCAGACAAAGGUGAACAAUUAACUAACUAAUACUAUAAGAGGGAACAACUUAAAACCUAAACUGUUACCGAUUUGAAUUGACCACAAGCCACAACAAUUAAGACACAAACUGACCUGGAAGACAAUCAAAUUGAAUUCAUCAUUAAUCAAUGACCAAUAUGAAAACUUGGAAACAAUUAAAGUGAAACAAUUGAUCAAAGGAAAAGCAAUCAUCUCAUUGUAACACCAAACUUUAUGUAAAUACUUUGUUUUUUUUGUUAAUUGAAACAAAAAGGAAAAACUAAUCAUCAUCUUCAUCAAUAUCAUGAAACACUAAUCAGGAACUCGAUGAUAAUCAACAAUUAAGGCGCAUCAUGACUUUAUGAUAUUGAUGAAGAUUUUGAUUGAUAAAUGUUACAAUAAUGAAAAGAAACAAUUUUUUACUCCAUCCAAUAUUUAUGUACAAUUGAAUAUUAAUCAUUUAGAAAAAGAAAACUAAAUUAUAUAAAUUG